AUGCUGGUGCACACAGCGCAGUCGUCUCCGGGUACCUAUGUGGAGGGGUAUGGGAGCAGCUCCGACACGGCAACGCCACCUGCGGCUGCUGCGCGGCAUGAUGCCAAGCUGAGGUCCCCCAAGACAGCCGGCGCAGAUGGCGGUAGUCGCAACUACAACGCGGACACACUCUAUGCGGAUCCCGAAAUAACAGCCUUGGCCUCCUCCGUGGCGACGACGGUGGCCAAGUCGCUGCUGCACCCGCUCGACACUCUCAAGUGCCGAGUGCAGCUGCUGCGCACCGACGUGCCUGGGCCGCCACCGUGCCAGCGUUAUCUUAAAUGGACCAGCAAGCAGUCACCAGGUCUGCUGCGCAGUCGUCUGCGACAGCUUCGGUACCAAUACGCUGGUAAGUGGACGCCGGGACACAUCUACGGCGGGCUGCCGGUGAAACUCCUCUUCUACGUUCCCUACCAGGCCACGUACGUAUCGAGCUACAACUUUGCACAGCGCACGCUGGAGGCGGCUGGCAGGGAGGGCGAGGAUGCGGCGGGCCAUCGCUCCAAGAACUACGUGUGGCACACUGUUGCCUCGGCGGUCUUCGCUGAGGCGGUGAGCGCCGGGCUGCGUGUGCCGAUGGAAACCAUGAAGAUGCGCAUUCAGUCUGCUGCCGCCUCCGGCUCGCUGCACGCGCUGCAGCAGCUGUGGCGACAGGGCUUCGCUUCCUGCGUGCGCCUCGCCGUGCCACAGACCCUCAUGCACGACAUUCCGUACUCGAUCAUUCAGUGGGUGGUGUACGAGUCCCUGCGGCCGUGGACCCAGAAGUGGAAGGAGCAUGCGGUGCAGAGGGGAGGUGGCGGGGAGCUGGCGGCAACGCCGUCGGUGCCGCCGAGCUUCUGGACUCUCUAUGGAGCGGAGCUGGCGCGUACCUUCCUCUCUGGCGGCUUCAGCGGCCUCUUGGCGUCUGUCUUGACAGCGCCGCUGGACAACAUCCGCACGCGCAUUGUGGUGGCCACGGCACAGAAUUGCCAUCUGACUGUCGCGUAUGUGGUGCGAGACGCCUAUCAGCGCGAGGGCAUGCGCGGCUUCGUGCGUGGCGGCGGCAUGCGUGUGCUGUGGGUCACAGCGAACAUGGCUUGCUACUUUCCUCUCUUCGAAGGUGUCCGCUUGCUGUUGCAGAGGCGCGGAGAUGAAGGCAACAGCACCGGCACGUCUUCGUGA